AAAGGCGGCUCAGCGACCGGGCGGCUCGGGUGCACAGCGGCUCGGCUCCCGGGCGGCUCGGCGGCUGGGCGGCUCGGGCGCAGGGCGGCUCGGCUCCCGGGCGGCUCGGCGGCUGGGCGGCUCGGGUGCAGGGCGGCUCGGCUCCCGAGCGGCACGGCGGCAGGGCGGCUCGGCUCCCGGGCGGUUCGGCUGCUGGGGCGGCUCGGCCGGGAGAUGCAGGGGCGGGGCCGUCAGGUGCAGCGGCGGGUCGACCGGUGCAGUGGCGGGCCGGCAGGUGCAGCGGCGGGCCGGCAGGUGCAGCGGCGGGCCGGCAGGUGCAGCGGCGGGCCGGCAGGUGCAGCGGCGGGCUGGCAGGUGCAGGCGGCGGGCCGUAGGGUGCAGCGGCGGGCCGUAGGGUGCAGCGGCGGGCCGGCAGGUGCAGCGGCGGGGCCGUCAGGUGAGGCGGCGGGCUGGCAGGAGCAGCAGCGGGCCGAAGGGUGCAGCGGCAGGGCCGUCAGAGGCGGCGGGCCGCUGGGUGCAGCGGCGGGCCGGCAGGUGCAGCGGCGGGCCGGCAGGAGCAGCGGCGGGCCGGCACGAGCAGCGGCGGGGCCGUCAGGUGAGGCGGCGGGCCGGCAGGAGCAGCGGCGGGUCGUAGGGUGCAGCGGCGGGCCGUAG